GUGUACCCGUCAGUCAGUCCGAGUUCUUCAUCCUCUUCAAGUUCUCAUUCCUUCUUUUCAUCAGGCUUCUUCCUAGCAACGAUUUCUGCACUUUCUAUUUCCUCAUCACUCACGCGUGUCCGGACUCCGUCAGUCGUUGACAUUGACAAUGAGCGACGAGCAACAGAAACAACACGCCGAGUUGACAACUCGCACAAGCCUCAGAGCGCUCGCUGCUGAACACGACAAAGACGAAACAGCGAGAUCUCCGACCAGCAAGAAGACGGAAAUCAUCCCUGAAGCCAGCGAACCAACGUCAGCGGAUGUGAACUGUGAACGUCAUGAUGGUGGUGACUCUGAAGAGACGCCGAAGUCUUCGAAUACCAGAAGUGAGGACGAGACGACCGAGCGCGACGGCGGUGUGAAGAAAUCCGAAGGCGAAAAGGAUUUCAGACUGGAUGUGAGAGAGAAGAAGACGAUGGGUGAUGAUAUGAGUCAUGAGGAGAUGAGAAGCAGGGGGCAGCUGCUGGAUGGAGGAUUCUUUGAGAAUUAUUUGCGUGCGUGUGAGAUGCAUGAAAUCAAGCAUCAAGCAAUGAUGCUACAGAAGGUUGAUGGUGAAUUUGAAGGUGAGAAUGAAGGAGCUGAAGCAACUCUGCCUCUUGAAGAUGAUCAAGUCAAUGAGCCAGAUUCACCUCGCAUUGAUUAUGUUGAGAUAGAAAAGUUGUACCGCUCGUUGUUACGGACGGUUAACUACCGGUUGGGAGCGACCGAUGAAAAUCGAAAGAAAAUAACAUCUGACAUGCAUUCGUACAUGAGAAAGGUGUUUGAUGUCGGUGAGGCUGAUCAUACUGCUUGGCUUGCUGAUGAGGUCAAGUCAUCAGAACCACCUCAGCAGCAUUUGCGAGUGUCAAUUGUCGAAGGAACUAAUCUUCCUCCGAAAGAUCCUAAUGGUCUUAGCGAUCCAUACUGCGUUCUGGGCUUGGUCGAACUUGAUGCCAGUGCUUUUGGUGGAAGAAAGAAAACUCGCCAUCUCAGAGACCUCGUCGACGACGACGCUAAGCUGUACAAAACGAAGACAAUUCGAGAGUCUUUGAAUCCCUCAUGGAACGAAGAGUUUGAAUUACAGAUUGGAAACACUGAGACUCAGUAUUUGCAGAUUGACAUAUGGGACUCGGAUUCGGAAGCUGACACGGUAGGACACGCACUACGGUCACGUGUGAAGGGGUUUGCUGGUCUAGCGAGAUAUUUCGGUCAAGUUUUUGAGACUGUAUUUCGUGGGUAUCAGGACGACUUCAUGGGUCGUGUGUAUGUUCCUCUUCGAGAGUUAGGGCGUCAAAUAAUUGACACCUCGUAUCACAUUCAAUCCAAGAGACAACAGGAGAGAGAAGGCGAACUUCAUGUUAAAUUACAAGUGAUAACUGAGCAGCAAGAGCAGCAGAAUUUGAUGAGCCCUGAGGAUGCUUUCACGGAACACUUGAAGCUACAGAAAUGGUUCAUACAAUUCGAAGGCAGAGAAUUCUUGAAGCAUGGCGGAGACUACUGGCAUGGUCAGUUGUCCUCUACGUCACUCGAGCUGUUACGUCAACACGCAUUACAAAAUGGUAUGACUGAUUUGGACAAGGCUGUGUGUGACUGGAUUGCUGUGGCUGAAUAUCACGAGAUGCGUGGUGUCGACUACAAGUAUAUUCUCGCGACUGUGGGUACACUGGAGACGCAGUGGAACUACGUGAAAGAGGAAAAGGAUCCUGAAAAUGAACUUGGUCAUGGAAAGGUUCAGCUCUUACUAAACGCAUUUCGAGGAUUUCGUGAAUGGUCGUUUGGCAUUCUGUCAAAGUUUCGUGUAGUCUUCCCUUCAACCAACAAGAAAGCUCUCGAUAAGCUAGAAUUCUUACUAAAGUGUUUAGUAAAGUACUACAGUUUUGAACUUAUUCAGCGAAAGGUGCCAGGACAAAACUUUGAAAUGUUUCUAUCAAAUGCAGUUAAGCGAUCAACUUCUGAAUGGUUUGUACAAAGACGGGCCUUGCUGGAACCACAAGUGACGACUGAUGAUGCGUUGAUGAGUGCGACUGUGGACCUAAUGUCUGAUGUUGUUGUUGAUCUGCAUCAAGCGGCCAAAGUCUAUAACCCCAGGAUACAGCCGCUGGGAGUUGACUACUUUGCACUGGUUUUCAAGGAGCUUGAUGGGUUGCUUGCGCCUGUCAUUGAGACCAAGAUGAAGAAUGCCAGUCAGAAAUUUGCUGAUUUGGACAUCGAAUCUGAAGAAUUCAAGAAGCUCACGACUGCCAGUUUUGAGCUCUACUUAGCGAUCAAAGACAUGUAUCGUUUCAAGAGCCAAAUGUCGAAAAAAUCUGUGUCGGACAGUAAAGUGUUCUCCAACGUUCACAGUUGGUUUGAGCCGUUGGUGUCUCGGUGGAUCGACCUUGCUGAUCGGAAAACGAUGAAGAGAAUAGACAGAGCAAUGGAGCUGGAUGAGGUCAAGGAAGUCACCAAUGCCGCUAAGUAUUCGACUUCAGCCGUUGACACAGCAGAGUGCUUUAUGAACCUGUGUGUCUUCUGGAAGAGACUCGAGUGGCCGCAACCUGUUGCUGCAUACGAAUUUGUCGUCAGAUUGACCGACGUAUCGUGCAGAGGUGCCACUCACUAUGCUGACAGAAUAUAUCACAUUCUGGAGAAAACAGGGUACUAUGACGCGGAAGGACAAUUUGAUGUGACAGCACAACUCUGCAUCACUCUCAACAAUAUUGAUUACGUAAGAAAGGCUCUAGCCAAUAUCGGUGAGAAUCUUGAUUGGGAUCAACUGGUGAGCUGCUUGCCAGACAAAGAUGGAACAGAAACGGCAGAUCGUAGCCGUACUAGUCUAGAGACUAUGAUUAGGAGUGCCGACGAUGGCAUUGUUGCCAAACGAAACGAAAUAGUAGCAAAGAUUGGUGAGAAGAUGGGAGUUGAUAUUUAUAGUUACAUCACAGCACUUCUCACGGAUCCUGAGAGUGUACCGGCUAGAACUAGUGUCAACGGUCUGAUGAAGUAUCUGUCGUCGAACUUGCAGACUCUUAGUAACAACCUGAUGGUGGAUAUCUUCAGAGUUGUCUUAUUUCAAAUCUACUCAGUUUGUAUACUCAAACUGGGAGAAGCAGUUGCGGAUAGCAAACACGACGUUACCCCUGCCAUUUCUGAUCGGCUUUUGAAAGGUCUUGAGAUUAUGUUACCUUUCUUCUCUGCUGAAGGACAAGGUUUGAGACGAGAAGAGAUGGAGACCAAAGAGUACCAGGACCUGCUGUCAAUGCUCAAACUAAGAAAACUGGACACGAGAGACUUGGUGUGCAAGUACUUUUGCGAAGUCGCCGAACAGCAGAAGCAGACGAGGCAAUUCGAUCGCGGAACGCUAACAGUCCAGGCAGGCUUUCUUGCUCCUACGGGGCAGCUGUCUGUCAGAGUACUGAACGGGCGCAACUUGCCAGCCUUAGACCCUACAGGUUCUUCUGACCCGUACGUCACAUUGCAGCCGUUUCCUCGACAUAUGUUUGAGGAUAAGUCUGGGACGCUGCAGAAGACGAAGACACAGAAGGGAACACUGACUCCUCUCUUUGACGAGACGUUCUUUAUUCGUAGUCGUCCGAGUGUACUCGAAAUCGAGGGCACAGCGAUUUCGUUUGUGUGCUAUGAUUGGGACAUGAUAACGAAGGAUGAUAUAAUUGGAGAGGCGGUCAUGUUGCUGUCGACUGUGAGGAGUGCUGAUACUGAGAAGGAAAUAGAUGGUUUCCAGCAGCGAGUGUUGCCUCUAUUGCUGCCGUUCGAGCCCGAGUAUCCACACAGUGCUUAUCAUAUCCUCAAGAGCAGAACGUGGGAUAAGAUGGCGAUGGAGUUUGUCAAGAUACGAAAGAAGUUGUUCAAGAAGGCGGCCAGUGAGAGGAAGUAGAAGUGAGAUGACAGUGUGAUUGGUGGAGUUAUAUUGUGUUGCAAUUGAUUUAUCGCUUGAGGAGCUUGGAAUUCUUUCUAUGCCUUGUUUACGCUUUGUUAUUCAUUUUUUGUCAACUAGCAACAGACUACUACGAUUGUGACACUUGCAAUAUAGACAUCGAUAUCAUUGCCAUCUAUUUCGAAUUGAACAGGCUAGAUAUAUUAGGUCUCUGUCUA